AUGGCUGAGGAAGAAGGCGACAUGGACGUGGACGAAGGGGAUGUGUUUCUAGCAUUUGCCCGGGGUCCCACUCCUCCCAGGGGACCCAUUCAGCAGGUCUUGGAUAAGAUCUUCUUUAUCUUCCUGGCCCUCUUUCUCACCCUGCUGAUGCUCGAGGCCGCUUACAAACUUCUCUGGCCACUACCAUGGGCGAAGUUUGGGGACUGGCUCUUGGGGACACCUCUGAAGGAGGAAGAGCUGGAGUUGUGA